GCGGAUGUGAAUUCAGGAGCAGGAUGACCUCAGCUGAAACGAUAAACAAAUAGCGUUAUUUUAGUAAUAUGUAGAUGAAUACUCACACAUUUGUAUACAGAUCGUUGUAUGUGAGUAUCUGAUCAUAAUGGCGAGUUUAUUUUCGUGCUGUUUUGAUUGUUGUGAUCGCGGGAGCUCCGGCCACGUAGCGCUGAAGGAAAUGCCCAUAGUGCAGCUGGACACAAAUCACAUGGGCACUGAUGUUGUCAUAGUAAAAAGUGGCAGAAGAAUAUGUGGUACAGGAGGAUGUGUCGCAAAUGCCCCUCUUCAUCAAAACAAGAGCUACUUUGAGUUCAAGAUUCAAUCUUCAGGUGUUUGGGGAGUAGGGCUGGCUACACGGAAAGCAAACCUCAGUCAGGUCCCACUGGGCAGGGAUGCACAUAGCCUGGUGCUUAGGCAAGAUGGAACUGUGUUUCAUAAUAAUGAUGAGAAGAACCGACUCCCAGCUAACAGCCUGCCACAGGAAGGAGAUGUAGUGGGUGUAUCGUAUGAUCACGUGGAGAUGAACUUAUACCUGAAUGGAAAGAACAUGAACUGUCCAGCGUCAGGCAUUCGAGGAACAGUUUUCCCUGUAGUAUACGUGGAUGACAGUGCAAUACUGGAUUGUCAGUUUAGCGAGUUCUAUCAUCCUCCACCACAUGGCUACCAAAAGAUUCUUUUUGAGCAGCAGAUCUUCUAAUCAUCACUCAACUCUUUGUAUGUUAACUUUGCACCCAGCAAAUUCAACUGUGUGUUUCCACUGCUAGACCUUCAGAGAACCUGAAUGGGGAAAUAGAGUGAUUUGUGUUUGUGAUGUGGCUAAUGCUUUGCUCUGCCAGUUCAACUGACCAGUGUUAUGUCUUUAGUAGGGCAAAUGCAGAUCCAUUUGGUUAAUGGGAUGCAAAAGCCAAAUUAUUGGUGCUUUGCUUUAAAUUAUAAACAAUAUAUCGCUUGUAAUAAAGACUUGAAUCUGUUUGAUAAAAAGCCUGGUGUUGAGGUUAUGAAAUCUCCUACCCCAGUUACACCUGAGUAACUUAAGUGUCAGAAUUAUACCCAUAUAUAAAAUACAUUUUAAUCUGAUUUCUUAAUCUAAUUUAGUUAUUAUACCAGGCCAUGUUAUAUCAGUGUAUAUGCAGCUGACAUACCUUUCACAUAGCCCAUGAAUGCUAGUCAUCACCUUUAAUAAAAUGAAAACAUUUCAACCCAUUUUUACCAGAUUUGCUUAUUAAUAUCCACCUACUGAAGCUCAGCACACCCGCUACAAUUCUGGAAUAAUAAAACCAGCCAUUGCCACUUUUUGAACAUGCUUGUAGAAGGGUGCUCAAUUUCCCCAAUUUGCAGAAGCUAACAGGUGCUCAGUACUGGUUAUUGUAAUCAAGUGGAUUUGCUUGGUAGAAUAAUUGAGAAAAGCCAUUCCUCCCACUCAAAAAUGGCUUAUUAUGCUUUUUUUUAUUAUCAUCAGGACCUAAACUUGAUUUUUAAAGAAUAGGCUGAAGGGUUUUAUGGUGAGCCCUCAGAACUGCUGUAUAUUCACAAUAUUUGUUUGCAGCAACCAGCUUUUGAAUAAGACAACAAGAUAUAUAUGCCUAUACAUGUAAAUUCAUUCAUUAGGUCUUUAUCCAAAUUAGGUCUCUAUCUAAAUUUAAUAAUGGUAUUUAACUUUUUUUUUUGCCUGUUUUUUUUUUUUUAACAUUGUUUUGUUUGUUUUAAAUUUUUCUCAUUGCUAAAAUUUAGCUACUGUCCUAAAAGGUUUUUUGUGACUACUUAGAAACACCAAGUAUUUUAAAGCUUUAUAUCACUACAUAUAACUACAUACUUAUCUUAUUUGAUCUCAUAUGGUUUGUCUUCAUGUUUUUUAUUGUAUUUAAAAAAAGGAGAUUUGAGAUGUAUAGGUUGGUGAAGAAUGAUGCCGUGAUUAUACUGUUUCCCCAAAUUAAAAUUUGUUUUUAAGUUA